AUGCCCAAACGUCCCAAUUUCCUCGUCAUUGUCGCUGACGACCUCGGUUUCUCCGACGUGGGCUGCUUCGGCGGCGAGAUUCGCACCCCGCACAUUGACCAGAUCGCAAAGGAGGGACUGCGUUUCACCGAUUUUCAUGCUGCCGCAGCAUGCUCCCCCACACGAGCCAUGAUCAUGACCGGCACCGACCACCACAUCGCCGGGUUGGGCAAUCUGAUCGAGUGGACAAACAUCUCUGGCCAGAACGGCCCUAAGGGCUCGGCUAUGAGCACUGCGCCGCAGCGCGGUAUGCCUGGCUAUGAGGGCUACUUGAACGAGAGGGUAGUGGCAUUGCCCGAAGUCCUGCGUGAUGCGGGCUACCACACUGUGAUGUCUGGAAAGUGGCAUUUAGGGUUGACGCCAGAGCGUUCUCCUCACAAGCGCGGUUUCGUCCGCUCCUUUGCCCAUCUGCCUGCUUGCUCGAACCACUAUGCUUAUGAGCCGCAGCUGCGGGACCAGGACGACAUCCCCACUUUUAUCGAAGCGAGCUACAUUGCUUUGCACAGUGAAGAUGGCGAGUAUGUGCGCCAUCUCCCGGAAGGAUGGUAUUCAUCUGACGGCUACGGUGACAAGAUGGUAGACUAUCUCCGUGAAUGGAAGGAAUCUGGAGGCAGUGAGGGCCCUGAUGGGAAAGGUGACCGGCCCUUCUUUGGUUAUCUGCCCUUUACUGCACCCCAUUGGCCGCUUCAGGCUCCUCGUGAAUAUAUUGAUCACUACCGUGGUGUGUAUGACGAGGGUCCCGACGCUCUUCGGCUGAAGCGUCUCCAACGGCUCAAGGAGCUAGGCAUGGUGCGCGAGGAUGUUGAGCCGCACCCCGUGGUCGCAGACGAGGUUAAGGAGUGGGAUGAAUACACGGACGAGGAGAAGAAAAAGUCCUGUGUUGCAAUGGAAGUUUUUGCCGGAAUGGUAGAGUGCAUUGACGCCAAUGUGGGCAAAGUAGUCGAAUACCUGCGCUCCAUCGACGAACUCGACAACACCUUCGUGUGCUUCAUGUCCGACAACGGUGCCGAAGGGGCUGCCUACGAAGCCUACCCUAUGGUUCAAAACGGCGUCAUGCCCCACUUGACCAAGUACUACGAUAACAGGAUCGAGAAUUUGGGUGCUGGGAACUCUUUCAUCUGGUACGGCCCGCGCUGGGCUCAAGCCGCUACUGCCCCUUCGCGCCUAUACAAGGCGUACACUACCGAAGGUGGUGUUCGAGUCCCAUUCACAUGCCGCUUCCCAAAGCAUAUCAAUGUGACACCCGGGGAUUCGAUCGCGGGUCAAGGAGGUAUCUCGGAUCAGUUUGCUACGGUCAUGGAUUUGGCCCCUUCUAUCCUUGACAUGGCCGGCAUCAAACAUCCUGCCCCGACGUACCAGGGUCGUGAGAUCGUUGAGAUGCGUGGUAAGAGCUGGUAUCCGUAUAUCACUGGCCAGAGCGACCGCAUUCACCCCAAGGAUUUCAUCCAGGGAUGGGAGACCUGUGGCCGAGCUGCCCUGCGCUAUGGCGACUGGAAGAUUGUCUUCCUGCCCAAACCCAAGGGUCCCGAAAAAUGGCAGUUGUAUAACCUUAUUCAGGAUCCUGGUGAAAUCCACGAUCUGGCAGAUAAAGAACCUGAGAGGUUGAAUCAGCUUCUGAAGCUGUGGGACCAGUAUGUGCUUGAGACUGGUGUGAUCCCUCUUUGCCCUCAGCUGGGUGAGUUCUUAGAGGCUACCGAGGCUCAGAUGCCCGAGAAUGCUUGGAUGGAGUUCGACUACUGGAAAGAGGGCGCUCGGGAUGCCCCUGAAAAGUUCAGCCGCCAUCCACCGCGGUUCCAGCGAGUGGUGAAGCAAAUUUAA